AUGGUUCCACCUCCAUCUGGCGAUCAAGAUUGGCAAUUUGAUAGAUUUAGGGAUGGAGGUUCCAAAGAAUUAGUCCUUGAUGCCCAAUUAAAACGUUAUCAACGUUUCCUUAAUACACAUAAACAAGCCUUAAGACGUAUUGAAGAUGCACUCGGUUCAAAUAUUACACAAACAUGGGAAUUCGAUUUAAAUCCAGCAGAACUUAAAUAUUUACCCUAUGAGCAAGUUCAAGUUCUCGAUUUAAUUCGUACUGAAAAUAAAAUUUGCAAUAAAAUUGUUACUGUAUUUGCUGCACUAUGUUGUGAAUGUCAAUUUCUAGUACAUGAAUGUGAACGCAAAUAUCUACCAGCAAUAUUAUUUUUUGGUGAAGGAGAACAAGAUGCUAAAGAACAACAACAAACAUAUUUCGCACAUUUUGUGUCUCUACUUCAGGAUUUAUCAUGUUAUGUAAAUCGAUGUAAUGAAGUUGUGGUGAAUAUUCUUCAACAACUAUCAGCACUUUACACUCAACCUGGUAUUCAAAAUGGACGAUCCAUUCGACUUAUGGAUGUAUCCGAUUUACAUUUAGCAAUUGUUUACGAUCAUUUGGGCGAUUUACUUCGUUGUUUGAUAACUCUUGACGAAUGCAUUCGUGCAAAUGCGCAAGUAGCAGAGAAAUGUCCUGCGUUUAAAAGAAUAAUAACAUCAAUUAAAAAUAAUGUUGAUAAAGUUCAAAUUGAUCUCUCACGAUUACCCUCAUUUGAAAAAAUUCUUGCUGUACUCGAAGGACAACUUUUAGAUGGACGCAUUUUUCAAAAUUGUAUUGAACAAAUAUUUGAUACAGCUGUUAUCGUGACAAAAAAUCCUCUAUUACAAGAAGAAUUUGCACUCAUGAUUCGACAACUUUUAUCAACUGUUGAACCAAAACUUGGUGAAUUUUAUGAGCUUGAUGGACGAUUAAAAUAUGUUGGUAUUUGUGCACUAUUUUGUUUACAUUAUCAACUUUAUCGAGUCGAUGAUAAACGACAAUUCAAAGCAAUAUGGGAUGUUUAUAAAAAAAUACCAAUUGUUCAUCUUUGUGGUAAUAUUAGUUGGACGGCUAGUAGAUUUUUAAUUGAGAAAUAUCCUCAAUUUACACGACUACUUGAUAAAAAAGCUAUACAAGCUGUUGAACAACAACGUAUAACAUAUUUACAAAGUAAAGAAUCUUCAUUAACAAAAGACUUGCAAAAAAGUUAUCUUGAUGUUUUAUCAUGGCUUGUACGUAUGGAAUCAAAUGUUACUACAGAUGAUAGCAAUCAAAAUGCUUUACUUAAUGAUGUGUUAAAAAAGACUUCACUCUUGAUGCAAGGCCUACUUCAUGCUUACACAUUAUCGCAUACAGUAAAAACUUUAAUCAGCCUUCAUUCUACACUUCAAUUACCAAUAAAAUCUGAAUGUAUGCUUAUACUUUAUCGUUAUACGGAAUUAUUAAAAGUUAUUGAAACAACAUAUCAUCGACAUGCAAUGGCUAUUGCACCGUACUUCAAUGCAAUUAUGCAAUAUCAUUCACAACGUUUAUUAAAAAUAAUUGCCAUAGCAAAAAAACGAAUAACUUCAGGAACAGAUAAACGAUUUACUGAUAAACAAGUUGACGUCCUUGCAGCACUCGUUUUAGCUGAAUCUUGUUUAAAUGGGCCUUGCACAAAAGAACGUCUAUUAAUAUUUCGAUUGGCAUUUUCAUUUGGUUCUCGAUUGAAAACGUGUCGAGACGAUGAAAUGAUUGCCAUCGAAGAAGCUCUUCGAAAAGUUGAAAUUUUAGCUUCGUUUUCUGAAAAACUUCAUGCUGCUUGUGAUACAACAUAUCUCUAUUGGGAACAGAGUUCAUUUCGGUUAUAUUUACAAGAUUUAUUUUUAACAGUUCGUGAUCCACAUCGAUUGCAUUUUAUAUUUGCUGCUCUUCGCGAUUGUGUUUCAUCAUUACGAGCUAUUCGGCAUGAUAAACCAGAAAAAUUAAUAAAAACAUAUAAAAAUGAAAUUAUGAAAAUGUUUGAUCAGUUUUUUCUUCAAGAAUUGUUUAAAACAAUUGAAGACGACCUUCGAUGUUUAUGUCAUGCGCAUCUUGAAGUUGGCGAUCGUAGUGUAUUUAAACCGAAUUUUCGAGAUGUUACGCCAUUUCUUGAUGUUAAACCAAUACGAUGUUUUGACGAAUUUGUUAGCAUUAAAGGAGCUAUAGAAAGUUAUUUGGAUAAAAUUUUUUAUGAUUAUACAACAGCUUCGUCAACAGACUGGAACACGUAUUCAGAAAUGCGUAAUUUAGCAUCACAAAAAUAUGGUUUGGAUUUACAUGAACCACACUUACCUAGUAAAACACUUGAGCAGGGUUUUGAUGUUCUCGAUAUUCUCCGUAAUUUAAAUGCAUUUGUUUCACAACAUUAUUAUAAUAUAAAUACUCAAAUGUUUAUUGAACGAUCAAGCAAUAAUAAAUUUCUACGCACAACAAAUAUUCGACAUGUAGCUAAUUCAAUUCGUACACAUGGUAUUGGUAUCAUGAAUACAGCGGUUAAUUUUACAUAUCAAUAUCUUCGACAAAAGUUUUAUAUGUUUUCACAAUUUUUAUUUGAUGAACACAUAAAAAGUCGUUUAAUGAAAGAUAUUAAAUAUUUUAAAGAAAAUAAAGAUCGACUCAAUCAACGAUAUCCAUUUGAACGAGCAAAAAAAUUCUUUAUCAGUAUAAGAAAAUUAGGUGUUACACCUGAUACAAAUGAAACUUAUCUUGAUCAAUUUCGACAAUUAAUUGGACAAAUCGGCAAUGCAAUGGGUUACGUUCGAAUGAUUCGUUCUGGUGGUCUUAACACUUGUUCAAGUUCUAUACGAUUUGUACCGGAUUUUGAAAAUCUAAUUUCAUUUGAAGAUCAUACAAGAAACUCAAAUUUACCUUCUGAAACAAUAAGCGCCGCAAAACAUUUAGAUGAUGUUAUAUCAAAUUUAGUAAAAAAUUUUACUGAAGGUACCGAAUAUUUUAAGAUUCUCGUGGAUGUUUUCUCCAAUGAAUUUCGCGGAAAGAAAAAUUUACAUUUAAAACAUUUCUAUGUUAUUGUACCGCCACUGACACUCAGCUUUGUUGAACAUAUUAAAGUAUUAAAAGAUAAUUUAACGAAAAAAUCAAAAGUUAAUGCAUCAUUUACUGACGAUGGAUUUGUCAUGGGCGUUGCUUAUAUAUUAAAAUUACUUGAUCAAUAUCGUGAUUUUGAUUCUCUACAUUGGGCGGAUGCUGUUAAAGAAUCAUUUAACACAGAAAAAAAUGAUGUGAUCAAUAAAUCGCGAAAUAGUAGUGAAGAAAAUGUGAAAAAAGCUUUAAAUGCUUCGAUGAAACGAAUUGAAAAUGAUCAAUUGGAAUUUGAUUUACUCAAUUUUAGCUUACGCUCCGCUAGGAUAUUUUUUCGUGCUGAUAAAACAGCUGAAGAAGAUAAACAAUCAUCUGUGGCUGAAGCAGAAACACGAACAGAAACAGUGCCUACUUCAACCGAUGUACCCUCGACUACCGGAACUACUGCAGCAGCACCUCCGCCACCACCACCACCGCCGCCGCCGCCGCCGCCACCACCAAUGUCCGGUGGAAUUCCUCCACCUCCACCACCACCUCCUCCACCAUUCUUUGCUAACAAUUGA